UUGGAGAACCUGUUGCCCAAUGACUUGACUCUAUUCUUCAGGUACAAGGGCUCCCUGACCACCCCACCAUGUUACGAGGCAGUCACAUGGCUUGUAUUUCAUGACACCACUGACAUUGGACUCAAACAGAUCCAGAGCUUUCGGGAGUUAAUGAACUCGGAGAAAGUGGUAAUGAGUGACACAUUCAGACAACUCCAGGCCCUCAACGAGAGGCGAGUGGAGGCGUCGCGACGGCUGAGCGAUCCCAUGACAGGCGCCGCAACACAUGUCGAUCGCAAUCAUCUCUUAACACAUCUCUCGUUAAUAGUCUCUAGUCUUCUCAUUAUUACCAAAUAUUAGACAUCAAAACCACAUUUCAUAUGAAUAUCACUUAAUCCAGAGCUUAAUAUAUAGAUAUAUUUUACUGUUUAAUGAAAUUAAAGUGAGAUUUAAUUGAUUACUGAGGGGUUACCGAUGAAAUUGAAUGAAACGUGAAAACUUAAUCAUAACAUAUUUUUGAAGCAUCUAGGAAAUACUGUUUAGUAGAUUUACAGCAAAUUAGUUUUGUUUUUUGA